CCCGGGUCGGCCCACAUCGCCAGGAUGGACCUCUUCAAGACGGCCCUCAGCACGGCAGCCCAGUUCUACCGGGACCUCAACCCCUCGACCCUGAGCGGGGCCAUCGACAUCAUUGUGGUGCGCCAGCCGCCGGUGCUGGUGCCGAUCGAGCCGGAGGGCGGCCCCGGGCCCGGCUCCGCCAGCCCCCUCGGGCGCAAGGCCGCCUCCAAGAUGCGCGUGGUGCGCGAGCUGCGGGCCUCGCCGGUGCAUGUGCGCUUCGGCAAGCUGAAGCUCCUCCGGCCCGUGGACAAUCGGGUCCUCAUCUCGGUCAAUGGCCGGACCACCGAGCUGACGAUGCGCGUCGGCCAGGGCGGCGACGCGUACUUCGUCCGGCGCGCCCCGCCGGAGAUCGGCGCCCCGCUGGAUCCGCCCGGGGCCGUGUCCCCGGAAGCACCCUCGGCGGCCCCCGGCCCGGAGGGGCCCUCCAUCACCCUGGAAGAGGCGGAGUCGGCGGUGGCCGCGGCGGCGGCCGCCGAGGCGUCGGCUCCCGGCGCGCCGGCCGCCACCCCCCCGGCCCCUGGCUCGCCCUCCGGGCAGCUGGACUCCGCCGCUGACCCCGACUCCAUGGAUCUGAGCCAGCGCGCGGUUGACUCGCUGCCCGUCGUGGAGGAAAGCAUCUCCGAGCUGAGCGAGGCCCUGUGCUCGGAGGGGGGCUUCCCGGCGACCGGGGCCUCCUCCGGGCAGAUGCACCAGCGCCCCUCGGUGCAGGCGGCCCUGGAGGCCGGGGCCACGCUGCUCGACGCCUCGGACCCCACCAGCAUCGAGCUGUCCCUCUGCGCGGAUGUCCUCUUCCCGGGGAUGGCGCUGCAGGUGGGCGGGAUGCCGGGCGCGCCGGCGCCAGGGGCCGCCGGCGGCGGCCACGGCCCGGCGGAUGUUGCCACGGCCGCCCCGGCCGCCGGGUCGCCCAUCAUCGACGGGCAGCUGGGCACGGCCGCGGCGCGGGUCUUCGCCGAGCACCUGCUGGCGUCGGACAAGCUGGGCCUCGGCUCGCUGGUGGCCAGCUGGCCGGUGCUGAGCCAGGAGCUCUUCGCCCAGCAGCCCGGCGCCGGGACCGAUGCCCCGGCCGCCAGCGUCAACCGGCUGGCCGUGCGCAUCGGCGGCCGGGUCAUUGUUCCCUGGCGGAUCGGGGCGCUGGCGGUCCUGGCGCGUGCCUGCCUCGGCCCGCACCUGAACCACCCGGUGGUCGCGGUGGCCGGGCCGGACUGCCAGCACUCCCUGUCGCUGGCCACCACGCCGCACCUGGGACCCGAUGGGUCGGGCGUGGCCGGCGGGGUCGACGAGCCGGGCCUGGCCGACGGGGUCGACAAGCCGGGCUCCCCGCCCGCCGGGGCCGGCAAUGAUGACGGCCCCGGCCCCGGCCCCGGCCCCGGCGACCUCGAUGCCGGGAAGGCCGCCGCCCCGGGGCCCGGCACCGCCAGCCCGGGCCCGGUGUCCCCCAGCAUCACCGAGUCCGGGCCCAUGCCGCGCAUCCACCCGAGCCUCUCCUCGUCGCUGCUCUUCCCCCUGGGCGCGGCCGGGUCGUCCGGGCUGCUGACCCCGAUGUCGCCCCAGCGGCCGAGCAUGCAUUUCCGGCCGGGCUCCGGGGGGGCCUCCCUGCCGGGCACCCUGCAGCCCAGCCCGACGGUGGGGUUCCCGCUCGGGGGCGCCGGGCGCCGCGGCCCGGGGCCCCUGCUGGACCUGGCCGACACGGACCCCGACACGCAGGACGACGACAUCGAGGAGGUGGACAUGCCGUCGGGCGAGGCCCCGGCGGCCGGCGCGGCCGACGCGCCGGGCCCCGACGAGGCGCCCCCUGCGGCCGAUGCCUCGGGCCUGGUGGCCGAGCAGCCGAGCCUCGAUGGCCGGCUGUUCCAGACGCUGGAUGCGUCGAUGGCUUCGCUGCUGAACACGGCCCUGUCGCAUGCUCUGGAGGCUGCGGUGGCCGGCGGGCCGGCCGGCAUGCCGGAGGCCGGGGACCUCUCGGCCGCCGACACCUCGGCCGCCGACCUGGCCGCCGAUGCGGCCGAUGACUUCGAUCUGGACCCCCUGUCCGAGGGGUCGUCCCUGCUGAACAUCGAGUCCGGCUUUGCCGAUGCCCAGCCCGGGCCGCCGAGCGCGGUGGCCACCCCGGUCCCGGCGCCGGCCGGCGGCAUUUCCGGCCUGCUGCGGUAUUGGAUCCCCUUCUCGCGCCUGGGCGGGGGGCGUCGAGUGGCGGAGCCGGCCGCGCGCCCGGCCCCGGAGCCGGAGGCUGCCCCGGCCCCGGGGUCCGCGGACCCGGCCGGCGCGGUGGCCGACGCCGCCGGCGCCGUGGCCGCCAUCGAGGCCGAUGCGGAAGCCGCGCCGGCCACCGCUGACGCUGCCGCGGCCCUCGCCGGCGCCGCGCCCCCGGCCGCCAACGACCAAAACUCCUUCGUCCGGUCGAUCUACUUCACGUCCGAGGAGCUGUCGGCCCUCGACCUGAAGGAUGGGCCCAACCACAUCGAGUUCACCAUCGAGUCGCCGGGGCAGGGGGCCAGCUGCGCGGCCACCAUCUACCUGUGGGACUACACGGACAAGAUUGUCAUCAGUGACAUCGACGGGACCAUCACCAAGUCCGAUGCCCUGGGGCACAUCUUCACGGCGGUCGGGCGUGACUGGACGCACUCCGGCGUGGCCACCCUCUUCAGCAACAUCGCGUCCAAUGGGUACCGGCUGAUGUAUGUCACCAGUCGGGCCAUCGGCCAGGCCAACUCCACGCGGGGCUUCCUCCGGUCGGUCAAGCAGUCUCCCCCGCCGAAUGCCCUGCCCUCGCCCUCCUCGUCGGGGCUCUUCCAGUCGCACUUGUCGGCGGCCUUGGCCCCGGCAUCCAGCGGGCUGGCGGGGGUGUCGCCGGCCGGCUCGGCCCCGGCCUCCGGGGCCGCCUCGCCCCUGGUGGCCAAUGGCGGGGGCCCGGCCUCGCCGGUUGGCGGCGGGACGCCAUCGGACUCGCCGCGUCUGGCCCCCGCUGGCGGCGGCCCCCUGCAGCCGCCCUCGCCCCCGGGCAGCGGUGGCCCCAUUGCCGGCGAGGCCGCCGGGGGGGGUGCCCAUGCGGCCGGGGCCGGGGCCGGGGCCGGGGCCGCGGCUGCCCCGGGCCCGGGCGGGGCCCUGUCCCGGUCCGGGUCCAGCGGAUCGCUGCGCCCGGCGGCCUCGGCUCCCCGGGCCAUCGGCACGCCGGGGCAGGCGACCUCGGCGGCGGCCGACGCCACCGGCGCCGGCGCCGGCGCCAGUGCCUCCCCCUCGACGCACCUGGACUCGGCCACGCUGAUGUUGGUGUCGUCGCCGCGCGACGCCGACGGGUCGCUUCAGCCGCGCAUGCAUCGGCUGCCUCCGGGGCCGCUGAUUUGCGCGCCGGACCGCCUGCUGGCGGCCUUCACGCGCGAGGUCAUCGAGCGCAAGCCGCACGUCUUCAAGAUGGCCGCCCUCGGGGAAAUCCUCAAGCUCUUCCCGGCCGACACGCAGCCCUUCUAUGCGGGCUUCGGCAACCGGCCGACGGACGCCCUGAGCUACCAGUCUGUCAUGGUGCCGAUCGAACGCAUUUUCACAAUCAACCCCAGUGGCAACAUCCGUCUGGAGCUGGUCGAAACCUACCGGUCGACCUAUUCCGACAUCAAUGACAUCGUGGACCAGAUGUUCCCGCCGAUUGUCAUCCGCCGGAAGCGCCGCCUGACAUUGCAGCGCCCGGCCCACAAGCCGGGCGACUCCCUGCCGGAUGAUGGGAUCUCGGUGGAAAGCUCGCCCGACGAGCUGCUCGACCUGCCGGAGGAGCCCCCGAAGCCGGCAUUCAACGACUUCCACUACUGGCGCCAGCCGCUGCCGGACAUCAGCGCCCUCCUCCCGUCGAAGCCCUCGACCGGCGGCAAGGGCCCGGCGGCCGGCAGCGCCCCGGCCAAGCCAUCGGCCGCCAGCACGCCGGACCCCCGGUCACCCCCUUCGAGUCCGGCCCCGGCGCGGGCCACCCUGCCAGGGGCCGACGCCUCGCGCCCGGCCAGCCCGGCGGCCCCCAUGGCGGUGGCGGCCAGCUCGGCGCGGUCGGUGUCGGUCGGCGGCGCGCCGGCCUCGGCCCCGGCGGCCCCCUCGCCGGCCACGCGCAUCGUCUCCAGCUCCGGCUCCAGCACCCCCGGCAGCCGCGAUGGCGACGGGUCCAGCAGCGACGAUGGCGACGAUGACCACAGCCAUGGCGAUGACGACCACGACCACGACGACGACGACGAUGACGACGACGACGACGACAGCGACCCCAUGGCCGGCGAUGGCCAUGCGGACCAUGACGGCGAGACGGUCGUCCAAUUCCGUGGCUACGGCUUCCCGUUCUACUAGUUCCACAAGGAUGGGCGCCUGGCCGCGGCCGGGGCCGCGCUUUUCUUUUUCCCCGCCCCGCCGCCUCUUCUGCCCCCUCGGCCUGCCUCUUUCCUCGCAUGGGCCUUGCCUCGCCUGUCCCUUUCC